CCGACCACCCCCUUCCCCUCCCCCUUCCGCCGGACAUCCCCUCCACUAGCCCGACUACUGCAGCGCGCCGGACCCGCGCCCGCUGCAGCCCACCAUGGCGUCCCCCAUCUCGGCUUUCAUCGACAUCAACAGCACUUUCGGAGCCCUCUUCAUAGGCUUUGGCGCGUCCUCCCUCGCGUUCGGAGUUCUAUGCAUGCAGGCCUACAGCUACUUCAGACGGUACCCGUCUGACGUCUGGUGGUACAAGUGUCUCGUUGCCGCGUUGUGGAUACUAGAGCUUGUUGAUCAAGCACUUAUUGGGCACGCGGUGUAUUUCUAUGUUGUCACUGAAUGGGGGCAGCUUCUGGCCCUCCUAGAGGGGCCCAAAUGGUCGUUGAUAGUCCAAGUCACCGUCGGCGCUGUUGUGGGUGCCAUCGUAAAACUGUGCUUCGGCCUGCGCGUAUGGAGGUUCAGCAAGCACAACGUACCCGUAACGAUGCUCAUCAUGCUCGGCACCCUAGCGCAACUGGCGGCGGCCUUCGUGUUCACCGUCAGGGCUUUCCACAUUCCCUCUAUCGCUCGCGUGGGCGACCUCAAGCUUGUGGGGAGUAUCGCAAUCGGACUGGGCAUGGCCACAGACGUCAUCACUGCCGCGUCGCUCUGCUUCUUCCUGCGCGGGCUUAAGACCGGAUAUCAGAGGGACGACUCGAUCGUGAACACGCUCACGCUGUACGCCAUCAACACCGGCGUGAUUACCAGUGCGAUCAGUUUGAGCACCCUGAUCUUGUACGACCUGAUGCCGACGAACUUCAUCUUCAUGGCGUUCUACUUCGUUCUCAGCAAGGUGUACGCGAACUCGUUCUUCGCCGCGCUCAACACGCGCCGCUCGAUCCGCGGGCGCGGCACAGAGGGCGAGCACACGACUGUGCCGACCUUCCUCAUGAUCGGCCAGACGACGAAGCAGGAGGUGCACGUCGACCCCGUCUACUCGGCCGUCCGCGCGGGCACGCAGCUCGACCUUCCAUCCGCUUCUCGGGCCGCGAACGGAUCGGACGACUUCCUCGACAUGGCUGGGGACAUGAAGCAGCAGCAACAGCACACGGUGUCGAACCGCUCGUACGGACAUAGCGAGUAUUCGCCGAGGAUCGAGGUACCUCGGGAGCCGCCUGUAGCAGCGAUGCCUCCGACGCACUACGGACAGGCGUGGUGAACGCGCAUCGACCCCUCCCCCGCCUCUAACCCUGCUUGGGGACUUCGUCCGCGAGCAUCCCCCGGUGAAGCUCGUUCAAAACCGGAACACAGCAUCGACCGCACGGUCCCUCUGCAGCCUACAACUCUGAACCACUAUCAACGCCUCCGCGCCCCUGUAUCAACAUAGCCCGUCUGUCCAUAGUAUCAAUAUCUGCCCAUCCGCUGCACGCUGCACGCACAUCGGACGUUCUCGUCGUCCUCGCACACCCGCACACUACACUCCUUCAUUCCUGUAUCAAAAAUUUCCCGGCCGCCUGGCGAACGUCCCGGCGCUCUGCUUUGCGUCAAGGCAUGGCGAAGCACCGUCCCGGCGCGUGGCGUUCGUUGUAGCGGUAGGGGCGUUCGAGGCACGCUAUGCCUCGCGGCGGGCGCCGCGACCUGCUGUCCAUAGUCCUGUAGCUGCCCUCCGGCGAAGCCCUUUCUUCGUUUCCUCUGGUCUCCACGUCGUCUUGUCUUACCCCGUCGCUCUUUGUUCUGUCGCGCUCUUCGUUCUUCGUUCCCCGCUCUUUCCUUCUCUGCGCCUGCUCGUGAGGGGCCGCGCCCGCUACUUCGUACGCACUACUCCCCAGCUUUCUUGGAAGUGUAAUCCUAGACGCCU